CUCAAGCUACUGCAUGGGCGUGCGCCCACGACUUGCCCUUGCCUCUCACCUACACUGAUGGUCGAUCUUGUCUGCUCUCUUCACGGGGAGGUGCUGCGUCUCUUGAGUGCAGAGCUUGAUUUCCAUUGCUCGGGACUUCAGCAGGCAGCGAAGCUUGCCCGUCGUGCGGGGAGGGUCUCAGGGUCAUUGUCCAAGAAGCUGCGCAUCCUUGACACUGCGCUCAUCGUUACGAGGCACAUCGCGCUUCCGAGUUGCGAGAGGUUUCGAUGUUUGUUGCGGCAGGAGUCGCAGUAGGAUGCUAAACAUGUCCCUGUUGCUGACCCGCCUACUCAUGUUCUUCCUGAGCGUCGUGCUAUCUAUCGCGGUCGUUUUGAUCCUCAUCAUCGCUCUCAACUUUUCGAUCGGGAUGAACAUCCUGGCUUGGAGUUCCCUUACGGUCGUGAGCUUGCUGGGGCUGCCGGUUCUGAUCCCCCCGCUGGACGCGGUCGGCCACUUCCCGUUGGAGAGGGACCUGGGUUUCCUGGAGGGGCGCCCCCUGUUCGUGAGCCUUCUGGCGGAGAUGGCCAUGGUCUUUUCGAUCGUCGAGGGGUCCCUCACGCAUUUGGACGUUCACUUCCUGAUCAUCCCGAGCCUCCUGACGCGGCCAAUGGUGUACCCCUUGAUGUUCUUGCGCUCCCUUGCGUGGAAGUUCGCAGGCUGUCUGCACGCCGUGAUAUUCCUGAUGGCGGGGGUCGCGCUCGGGUGCCGCCUGGUGGAGAAGGUCCUGAGCCUCCUGGGGUUCGUGAUUUACCCGAUGUCGGUGACCGUGACAUACUUCCUUGUCGUGGGCCUCCCGGUGCAUCCGCUCGGUCCUCGAGUGCGGCAUGGUGGACCUCACGCCAAGUCGUGGCGCAAUGUUGGCUCCAGCCUGCUGUGCCGCAGCCUUUCCGUUUCCCGCCACGAGCUAUCGUCCGCCUGGCUUUCGCUGAGGCUCUUGGCAGAGUACAUUUCUUGGUGGAGGUGGUGCGACAAGCUGUGGGACUCCCUCUUGCCGCAGCUUGUAGAGUUCGCGCUGGGUUCCCGGGUGGUGAGCGGGCCUUGCCUUGACUAGACCUUGUCCCUUCCGCUCCCCUCCUCAUGCCUCCUUCCUUUUCUCAUGUCUUGCUUUAGUUGUGGGCGGGGUGGAUUGGGUGAUUUGGAUGUGCAAAAUUAUGAACUUGAGGAUUUGUGCAUGCAUUUUGCAGGCGUGUAAAUUGUCUGCGCGCCUAUGCGUUUAAUGCGAGCUUGUGUGCUUCAUAAUCGUAUAGCACGUGCGUGCUCAUGUUUCUAUUUCUUGCUGCCUGUCUC